CUAACCCUCUAUAAACUUAGACUCCUCUUCUUUACAUUUUUAGCCAUUCAUCUAUGGCUAAAAAUUCCUAUGAUCUCAAGAAAACUACUAUAAUUCGUCAAGCAAAUUUCUAUGAUCUUCAUACAAUUACUACCCGUUAUUAACUGAAUUUCUAUGUUCACAAAAAUUCCUAUAAUCUAUCAACAUAUUUUUGCAACUACUACUUUCCACACGUUACAUUACACUGUACCAUCAAUCUUUCAGGGGAAUAAAAUUUAGCUCGAUUAAAAAGCAAAUAGGGGAUGAAAGGCGGCAACACAUGGUAAAUUUCGAUCGACCAUGAGGGUCAACGAUUGGUCGAUCAAGUUCAGCAGCCAGUUAACCGACGGUUAGCCUGCUGUCCUGCGUCCGACUAACGACUUAAUGACGGGAAUUCGCCACUUACGGGGCUCCUCCUUUUCUCCUCUUUCGUCGUCCAUCGUCUUUCUCCUCUGCAUCUUCGUCGGCGAAUAGCGUCGGCGAAUAGCAUCGGCGUAAAACGAGCCAGCCAACGGUCAAGUAACAAUGUCGAAAAUUGGACGAGUCUCAACAGGGAUCUCUAUUAACCUCCGGAGUACCAUGCAUCGUGCAAUUACGUUGGAAGGAAUAAAUUCAACUCGACAAAUUGUGUGGCGUGUUGGUCAAUCUCUUUGCAUUAAACAGGUCCGGGAUUUCUUCUUAUGUCGGGAAUAAACGCGAUAUCAUCGCAUAAAAUAUGCUCAUAAAUCGAUUACCAUCGUAAUCUCGGUGUAAGCUAUUGAUAAAGAUCGAUGAUUCAUUUCCGUAAAUCAUAUGUAAAAUCUUCUUCAUAAGGAAGUAUUACGAUGCUUGCAGAAAAUUAAGUAAACGUUAAAUAUUAUUAGGAAGCCAUUAAACGUUUAAGAAUUAUUAUCACGUUUAAGACCUUAGAUUAAGAUAUUAUAUAGAUUAUAGAAUCGUAUCAAUUUUAUGAUAAUGAAAUUAAAUUCUUCCUUGUUUACAUCCAUUACGUUCCUCGAUUAUUGAUUUAAUCGAUUCUGAUAUUUGGAUUACUUUUUUAUUUUAUUUUUUGUUUUUUGAUUCCAGAUUUUAUCUCAGAUUAUAUAUAUAUAUAAACGAACGUAAUUCUUAACUCAUCGCGUUCUCUUGUAAAUCAAUCAAAUAGUUUUUUGAAAUUUUUAAGGUGUUACGCCGCAUGAAAGUAAAACUCCGUUCGAUUAAUCGUUUCAUUGAUAAUUCGGAUUAAUCUUUCAAACCUUUUAUAAAAUCAAUAUGUAUCUUACUACUUGUGAACGAAGAUGUACACGAUCGUUCCCAUGGACUUGCGCAUAAAUCCAAAACAGAUCGUCGACAAUAAAAUAUGCACAAGUAGGUUAGAUUGCAGUUAACAGCAGAUUAUUUGAUGGGCGUGAAAUAAGAUCUCGUUCAAUUCAGACAAGACUUCAUUGAAUUUGCGCGAGACUAUCUUAGACCGUAACAAGAUUCCAUUGAAACUGAAUGGAGCUCUAUUAAAUAAUAUUGAAUAAUAUUAGAUUGACGUUGGAUUCAAGAAAAAUAUCAUUCAUCAGGGAGAUCAGCAUCGAUUGUAUAUCAAAUUGAAUUUUACGUAUUCGAUCCAUCGGCCAAAUAACCUUUGCGGCAGUUUCGAUAAAGAUCGAUGAGUUCCUCCCAUGGAUCAAGGAAUCCUCGUUGCUGGGACGAUUCUAUGGGUGCUUCCCUUCUCGGAAUAAUAGCCGAUGGCCCCUCGAUUGUGCCUCAUAAUACUAGGAAAUUACAUUACGACCAGAAGCUACCGUCUCGCGAAUAAUUGUUAUGCACCAGCGACGCAACAGUGGCGUAGCAUUCGCCUCGAGCGAAUUCCACUGGACGUUCAAUACUCGUCGGUUCUUCGUCGCUUUGUAACGAAUGUUCUCUUUGAGCUCUUUAUUCGUUUCCAAUUAAAGGACUUCAAAGAAACGUUAAAAUCAUUAAAUCUUUCACGAUCGAUAGCCCUAUCGACAAGGCCCUAUUCGAAUAUCUUUUUCGCAUUCCUAUUGCUCCCACUCGAGACAGGAAUUGGCUCAGCAGACGAAAAUUCCUCUUUAUCUUGAAUUCAUUAACCUUUAAGAGAUUAAUUAUCAUUCGUGACUCUGAAUCGGGCCACGAAUCGACGCCAAUCGGACUGGUUCUUUCGCAAGGGUGACCAACGUUAUUGACUUUACAUGAUUAAACAGUCAUUAAAUCAUAAGUUUCGUUUUUCAGAACUCCAGACACAUGAUUUAUAUUAUGGCGAGAGAAUAGUCCCAUUAUAAUCUCCUACAAUUUAUAAACCACCUUCUUCAUAAUCUUCCUUCUCUCUCUUUCUCUCUCCAUCAUAUUUUUCCUCGUCCAUUGGCACGCUUAGCCGGCUGGCUGAAUAUUACCUGAAUUUACCACCGUUUUUCGAACGUUCGUUAAAGUGGCGAGGCUUUGCGUGCAUUUGACAGGAAAUAUGCUGAGCCAAGCUUUACGUAAUGGACCGCUUCAUCCUCGCCUCUUUUCUGCUCGUUCGAACGAACACACUCGACCACAAAACACGCAGGUGACGACUUCUCCAAGGGAUCCUCUCUCUGAGAAUUCGCGCGCGCCUUUUCUUCGUGCUAUCAGCUCACGGUUGGGACCAUCGGCCGCCAGUGUGUUACGUUCACAGCCUGUUCCCUCGUCGCCGCAGAAACGAUUCAGGAAGAAGCACGAUACUCGGGCAAACAAGCUCGCGAUAUCGAAUUUCUCGUCCAUCGCGAGUUGAUGGUAUCACACGAGUGGAUCCUAUAGAAUGGACGAGCAGAGCAAGGAUAAUGAUACAUCGACGCUUCAAUGGCCGGAUUAUCUUGUCAUCGGUCUAAUGCUGUCGAUCUCAACCGGCAUUGGGAUCUACUACCGAUUCACCGGAGGCAGGCAACGCACGGCCGAGGAGUACUUCUCAGCCAAUCGAACGAUGGGCGUCGUUCCUUUAUCGAUCGCACUGAUGGUGUCUUUCAUGUCAGCGAUCACGGUGUUAGGAAUCAGCGCAGAAACUUACAUUCACGGCACGCAAGUCACGCUGUUGUACCUGGGUGGUUUCUUUGGUACACCAAUCGUCUUGUAUCUCUAUCUUCCCGUUUUCACGGAAUUGAACACCAUGAGUGUCUAUGAGUAUCUAGAGAAACGAUUUGGAGUAGGAGCACGACUACUAGCCAGCACUGCUAAUUUCCUGCAGCUACUUUUGUACACUGGAAUAGUAUUAUUCGCGCCUUCGUUGGCACUAGAAGCGACCACUGGUCUGUCAGGGAACAUGAGCAUCGUGCUGAUCGGCCUGAUUUGCACCUUCUACUCGACCGUAGGUGGCAUCAAGGCUGUCCUCAUCACCGACGUCUUUCAAGCAGUACUGAUAUUCACCGCACUUUUGUGCGUCCUGAGUAUCGCCGCUAGCGACCUUGACGGAGGCUUAUCCAAUGUGUGGAGCAUCGCUCAAGAGGAUGGUCGAAUAGAAUUCUUCGAUUUCAGGAUUGAUCCAACUAUAAGGCAUACAUGGUGGGCAUUACUGAUUGGUGGGACUACCAUGUUUCUGUCUUUAUACGCGGUUAAUCAGAUCCAAGUUCAGCGCUUACUCACUGCCAAGAGUCUCAAAUCUUCGCAACGCGCGCUCAUUCUCAGCGGCCCACUCACUUUACUCUUAGGUUCUUUGACAGCGUUCUGCGGUCUAAUCCUCUACGCUGUGUACAGAAACUGCGACCCAGUUACAUCCGGUAAAAUCUCAAGCUUCGACAAGAUAAUGCCAUAUUUCGCAGCUGAAAGAAUGUCACGAGUGCCAGGUGUCACUGGGCUCUUCAUUUCCGGUGUAUUCAGCGCGAGUCUCAGCACCAUAUCCGCUAUGUUGAAUUCUCUAGCUGCUGUAGCUUUGGAAGACUAUGUAAAGCCCACGUGUCGUAAAUUUAGUAUAGAAUUUCCAACAGAAAAGGCCACGUUAAUUGGAAAAUUUCUUGCUGUGGCGAAUGGUUUCACGUGUUUAGCCGUGGCUUUUAUUGCCAAAUCGAUGGGACCGCUGGUCGAAGCUGCCAUAGGGAUUUCUGGAGCGAUUGGAGGACCCAUUUUGGGGAUUUUCACACUAGGCAUGGUCGUGGAAAAGGCAAAUCAGGCUGGAGCCAUCGUUGGCACUAGCACAGCCUUGAUCACGUGCAUUUGGGCAGUAUUUGGUACACCGAAACCACCAACACCCAAUCUUCCGCUAUCUGUGGAAGGCUGCGACAAUUCCACCUUACUCCUCUAUCAUCAAAACACAACUUUAUUCGAAGACCCCGCGGACCAUUCGUCGUACUUUUAUUUGUAUCGUAUAUCGUACAUGUGGUAUAAUCCACUUGGACUGGCAAUCACGUUGAUCGUGGGCUACGUAACCAGCCUGAUCACGAAUAAGAUAUUUUACAAGAACGCUCGCGAACCAGAGCCUAACUUGUUCUUCCCCUUCCUGGCAGCGCGAAUUAGGAGACGAAGGGAGGACGCGCAGAAGACUACGAACAGCCAGGUCUUCGUAUUGGAGAACAGAAAAUGAAAUAAAGAAUAUAAGAAUAGUAGCGAGCGUAUUGAGAAUUAAGCUCCGAUGAGAUAAUGGAUAUCUCAGAGCAAGUGGAACUGCACUGCCCAUUAUAAGUUCGAAAUUAUCUGUCAAAAGAACUUUCCAAAAAUGGAGGCAAAAAUUCUAUAUACUAUUUCGUUGAUGUAAUGUACAAUUUGUAUAAAUUCACCACGGUAGCAAUCCUAUGGACAUUAAGAACAUCGCGAGGAAGUGAAAUUCAACGCUUCCGAGCUCGUAUGACAGAAACACGAAUCCCGUAGAUAAGAAGAUUUGCUUCAAGAACGAGCGAAACAAUUUAUCGAUUUAAAAACUUGCAUUUCACUUACGAAUAUCGUAUUUGCUUCGUGUUACGAGCAACUUCCUAAGAAGGAAAGUAAUCGAGCCAGCUUCUGCAAGUAAUACUCAUUAAUAAAAUAAGCUCAGGUUGAGAUCCAGUGUCACUGUUCCUUGUACUUAUUAACUGUUCUGAUGAUUUCAUUAGCCAUAACUCAUCGUCAGUGCCUCGUCGUAGAGCAAAUUAAUAAAAUCUCCAAUUUGCACCAUGUUUCGAUUGCAGCGCGUUAAAUUUGCCAGCGCCGUCGGCCGUCGUCUUUUCCUCGCUUUGUUCAUUUGCAACUUAACGAGAGACGAUUGGGCUGGAAAAGGAUGUGAGCUAUCCACGAAUGAAGCUAUCCAGGCAUCUGGGUCACAGGGAUGACCGGAUUAGAGACACUAUAAUUCUCGUUGUAUCGUUUUAGCCAAACACCGAGAAAAAUGACCGCGUAACUUAACUUAUCUCGUAAUGGUCAACGAGCAAUUCACUGUGGAGUAUGGGUCGCGAGCGACCCGCUAACACGUUUAAUUAAACUUCAUUCUGUACGGCACGUUAUCACACUACCGCUCUGUAAUAGCGAAAGACACGCAAUAAAAGAUAAUUGAUUCUUUCAACGAAAGCGACCGGCCGUUUCAUUAAAUUUCACACCGAAAACGAUCAUCACGCCACGGUACGUCCUUUCUCGCCCUCUCUUUGUUCUCUCGUUCUCUCUCUCUUGCUCUCUCUCACUUGUGAAUAUCGAGUGAGACAGAUAACACUGGUUCCCCCUGUCGCGUUGUUUGCGGAAGCGGAAUCGUCGUAAUUUAUCGUCUAAUUGUCUCCGUGGUACGAUGGUUGGGAAAGGCUUUAUAAUUCGUUUAAUUGCAGUUCGUUCGGCUCGGUCCGGCCAACUGAAUUUUCAUCGCGUAAAUUAGAGACGAGCUGCACACAGGAGGAAAAAAUCUGUCAAGGGAUAGGGAUAGGGGAGACACGUGAAAUAUCACGCCCGAAAAUGCUCGUUCAAUGUCGAAUUACGUCUACGUUCGAAUGUGUUGAGCGUCACGCGUGUGUCAGAGAAUUAAAAGCUCGAAUUAAAAGAGCGACGCUUUUGUAAGUGUUGACGGAAAUUCACUGGACACACACGGUAUGGCGAUAUUUUUUGGAAUAAAAAUAACAGCCGCGCCCCUUUCACGAACAGUCGAUUAAUUUCCUGUCGACGUACCGGUGUUUCGUACGCGUCAUCGAUCAGUGAAAUUUUCGUGGGACACGUGCGUCGAUUCGCGCACGUUCGACCACAUAAAUUUCACUCGUACUACCAAGAAGAAUCCGUGUGGGUCUGAGGUAGCUGUUCGUUGAUACAGGCGCGCCCAUCGUGCGAAAACGAAUGACCCUUUAAAAAAGGAAAAAGGUGAGACACGCGUGAGAACGUUGCUGCUCGAUGUAAUACUCGACAUAGCGGUUUAAACAGACCCCUAUCUCUUGUAAACGUGAUUAAGGGUUACUUCUCUGCCGAUAAUGAGAGAAAAUUGUUAUUUUAGUAUUACGACAUAAGGCUUGCUGUUUGAUAAUGAAGACACAUUAUAAAACUUCCAAUUACGUUCUAGUCCUUGCUUUCUCACCCUUGGCAAAUGGAUACUUAGUUAUCGCUGUUACGAGUGUUGAAUAUUUUACUUUAUAUCUACGUGAAAGUGAAGAAUCAAGGAAAAAGAAUCUUUAUUUCCGAUUUAUUUAAGAAAUUAAAUUUUUUAUACAGUUCGAUACGACAAUAAACGUGAAAUAUCAACCUACAUAUAUGUCACAUGAUCCAAUUUCUACUGUCUACGGGUUAAGUAUGUUUUUAUAACUGAAUACUUUCGACUCUGAUUUAAUUAUCGAACGUUGAAGAGAUUCAUAUCCUCGUCCACUUUUACUGAAUUCUUCAUUGCAAUUUCCUACUUGACUGCAUUAUUGAACGUUGAAAUCCGAGAGCAGCGUGCUUUCAAUCACUAGUAUUUAAUUUCAAACUUGACAGAGAAGAAAUAAGAAUAAAACGUGAGCUUUCCUCCGAGUUUCUACUUCAACAUCGCGAAGAACAAAGCGUUCCUUUCCAAAUACUACAAAAGUCAUAGAACAUUGGAAAGUAUCUGAGAAUAUUCACGGAUAUUUCUAAGAUCACCGUGGAACAAAUAACGAUGAUUAUCUUGUAGAAACCCAUUUGCAUUUAACCGGUAGUAACGAAUGGUUUACAAGCAGCUCAUCGUCGAAAUCUCGCAAUGUCCGUAUCGUAAAACUGCUCGUUUGCGUAUUGAAACGUCAUUUCUAUAAAAUUUAAUUGCAUACCGCAACAACAAGCUCGAGGAGGAACCAAGAGUCGCAAUGUUUUCUCAUAAGAAAACAACUUUCAUCGCCAUGUUUUCUCAUAGAAAAACAACGUUGAUCGCGUUCACCACACGAUCGCGAUGAGUCGAGUUGUAUACGCUUCCUGGACGUUGUAAAUCGACCUCUCACGAACAGAUUCAAUGCUUUAGAAGUUACAACGAGCGGCAUGAACCUAGGAAAGUACUCUAAUUGUUUGUGGAGCGUCCUUUCUCCUCGUGGAAAAUUGACUGGCUUUUAGAGGCGAACGUAAAGCGUUCUUCCGGUACGGAUAUCCGCACAAUCAGGGGUCCACCUUCUCCCGUCGAUUAUGAGCUGAGUGCAUAGGAGAGAUCGUUGGUCGUCGUAAACAGUGCGCUGACCAGAUAAACUUUUAUUUUCUAAUAUUCUUUGCAUGUAUUCAAAAAAUUUCUUCGCGCUUGUGACAAUGUUUUACCAUAUUUCUAUAAAUCCACGAAAAUGAACUUUUUAAUUUGGGUUCUAAUUCAUUAUCAAACAACGAAUUACUUUCGAUUUGUGGAAUCUUUCGUUCUACUUCUAUGUUAUCCGUUAGGAACAAAAUUUGAGUCCGACUAUAUCAGCCAAUUUCUGUAAACUUUUGUAAUAAUUUUCAACUAUAUUUCCUAUAAUCAAUGGAAUUGGAUUUCUUAACGUAAGUCCAGGUCUGUUGAACAACGAACGAAGCUAUUCGAUUGCUCGCAAGAUCCUUUAAUUCUUCUUGGACUAGUAUGUAUUUCUUUUUAGAAAAAGAUUCGGAGCGCAACGAGUCGGAAGUAACUUUCGAAAGUCGAUUAGAAACCGUGGAGAAGAGUAGCUGCGAGCGAUCGGACGAUGUCAAGCAGAAGCAGCGCGCCAGUGUUCGUUGCGUGACCACAGUUGUAAACGGAACAAUGCUUCGAUCGAGGUCGAUACAUCGAACACCUCGUGCUGUAACAACCAUGCCGACAAAGUACGAACGAAUGCAGCCGACGAAUAAGCGCGGGAGGGCAAUAAGAUCGCGGCAGAUGUAAGUAUCAGCUGCACAGCCAGGGGCGGAUCGUUGGCCACCAUUCGAGACUUCUUCGCCUUUCACGAAACACUCUACCCAAUCCAUCACGAAGCCAUCCGAAA